AUGGCGGGUAGCUUCUCCAUGAUCACCAGGUCGGCGACCACUUGGACCGUGGGCCUCAUCUUGUUCUCCGUCGUCUGCUACCUCCCGGUGGCUCCCGUCACCGCCUUGUUCUUCAACUACACCUCCUUCAGCACACAUGACAGCAGUGACUUGAGAAUCGAAGGCGAAGCCUACAUCAACCGUGGGUGGAUCGACCUGACAGCGUUCGGGGACAAGGCCAUCGACGACAGCAGGGGCCGCGUGUCGUACGCCGGUCCGAUGCGCCUCUGGGACAGGGACACCGGCGAGGUGGCCAGCUUCGUCACGCGCUUCUCCUUCGUCAUCGACCCACCGAGCAGGUACGGCGGCCUCAACAACAAGGGCGCCGGCAUGGCCUUCUUCCUCGCCGGCUACCCGUCCAGCCUGCCAUCCAAAUCCGAAACGUACAACAUGGGCCUCACCAACCAAAGCGCGGACGCCGUGGCCACCGGCGACGGCCGGUUCGCGGCGGUGGAGUACGACACCUUCAACGACACCGUCGCGCUCGACCCACACAGCACGUACGACCACCUCGGCAUCGACGUCAACUCCAUCAGGUCCGUGGCCACGGAGGUGCUGCCGAGCUUCAGCCUCGUCGGCAACAUGACCGCCGAGGUCAGGUACGACAACGUCUCGACCGUCCUGGAGCUGAAGCUAUGGCUGGGCGAUGGGAGAAACAUGUCUUACAACCUUAGCCAAAAGGUUGACCUCAAGAGCGCUUUGCCGGAGAUCGUCUCGGUUGGCUUCUCUGCCUCGACGGGCGCAUCCGUCGAGCUGCAUCAGCUGUAUUCUUGGUACUUCAACUCGUCCUUGGAAUCCAAGGCCACACCGAUACCGCUGCCGCCGCCGACCCCUAGCACCUCCGGUUCUCGACGUGGUGGAGUUGUAGCCUGGGCCAGCGUCGGCGCAGCGCUGUUCGUCGUGGUUCUUUUUGCUUUGGCGGUUUUCCAGGCGGGACGACGGCGUCGGAGCAAGACGAGGGAGCUGGAGCUAGCAAAGGAGUUUGAUGAAGAGGACAUAGGCAGCUCGGACGACGACGACGACGACGGCCACGAGCCCAUCAGGAAGAUUGAAAUGGGGACGGGGCCAAGGCGUUUCCCUUACCACGAGCUCGUUGCUGCGACGAAGAAUUUCGCGCCGGAGGAGAAGCUUGGGCAAGGUGGCUUCGGCUCCGUGUACCGAGGACACCUGAUCAGUGAUCACAACGGCGGCCUCGCCGCCCUGCUGGGCGGCGGCGUCCGCCAGACGAACGAAGUGUUCCGGCUGGUCGAGUGGACGUGGGACCUGUACGGCAGGGGAACCGCCCUCGCGGCGGCCGACGAGAGGCUGAACGGCGAGUACAACGCGGCGGAGGUGGAGCGCGUCGUGGCCGUCGGGCUCUGGUGCGCGCACCCUGACCCACGAGCGCGGCCGUCCGUCAGAGAAGCCAUGGCCGCUCUCCAGUCCAAUGGUCCCGUGCCGCCGCUGCCUGCCAAGAUGCCCGUGCCGACUUACGCGGUGCCGGUGACCUCGCCGGAGGGCCUCUUCUCGUACACAGCUUCCACGUCAGGGAUGACGUCCCUCCAGCUUACUCAGUCGUCGUCAAUGACGAUUACGUCCGCUCCAAACAUCAGUGCUAGUUAG